UUCCUCACUCAUCUCUCUCUUAAUUAAAUGCCAGAAAACAUGAGUAUUUCUGUAAAUGGGCGAUCAAAGGUGCCUCCCGGCUUUCGAUUUCACCCUACAGAAAAGGAGCUUUUGCAUUAUUACUUGAAGAAGAAGGUAUCUUUUGAGAAAAUUGAUUUAGAUGUAAUUCGUGAUGUGGAUCUUAAUAAGCUUGAGCCAUGGGAUAUUCAAGAGAGGUGCCAAAUUGGAACUACUCAGCAAAACGACUGGUAUUUCUUUAGCCAUAAGGACAAGAAAUAUCCGACAGGCUCGCGGACAAAUCGCGCGACUGCUGCGGGGUUUUGGAAGGCUACGGGGCGUGAUAAGGUGAUUUACGGCAAUGGCAAGAGGAUUGGAAUGAGGAAGACUCUGGUUUUCUAUGCAGGUCGAGCCCCACAUGGCCAAAAAUCUGAUUGGAUUAUGCAUGAGUAUCGUCUUGAUGACAACAUUGUUGAAACAAAUAUGUUGAAGGGUUGCAACGUUAUGGGAGAGGUAGCACAAGAAGAUGGAUGGGUCAUUUGCCGUAUAUUCAAGAAGAAAAAUCACCAUAAAACCCUAGAUAGUCCUUUAAAUUCACCCUCUAAUAUUAUUAUUGCAGAAGCAAGGACCCAGAUGUCCAGUUCUUGCAACGAAGGAACUUUAGGUCAAAUACUUCAGAACAUGGAGAAGGCAUGCAAAGAAGAAAAUGAUAAAUUCAUGAAACUUCCAAGCUUAGAGAGCCCAAACUCCAGCAGCAGUAAUGAAGCUUUAAUAUCGAACCAGGUGAGUUCAAUGGUCGAACCCGCUAACUCAUAUUUAGCUGACUCUGGUUUAAUCCACUGGGCAGCCCUUGACCGUCUGGUCGCUUCACAACUAAAUGGUCAAACCGAAACCGAAACUUCAAGGCAGUUUGGGUGUUUCGUUGAGCCCUCAUUGGCCUACUGUAACCCCACCAUAAACCAAACCUACCAUGAAUUUCAGUUGCCAACUCUAAAGCCAUCAUUCGCAUUACCAUCUAAUUACGAUAACAAGAUUGACCUAUGGAAUUUCACCAAUCGAUCCUCAUCGUCAUAG